GUACGCGAUAGAGGCGGCUUGAGCUCGAGAGCAGCCGAGUCCGCGGCGUCGCUAGCUGAGCGGGUGGCCCCUCAUUUCCCGAGGAGCCCGAGGAGGAGCGGCACCCUGUUUCUCCGGUCUGCGGAGAGCGAUGCCGCUCCCCAAGACCAUGUUCUGCGCGCAGCAAAUCCGCAUUCCCCCUGAGCUGCCGGACAUCCUGAAGCAGUUCACCAAGGCUGCGAUCCGCACCCAGCCCACCGACGUGCUGCAGUGGUCCGCGGGAUAUUUUUCAGCUUUGUCACGUGGUGAUCCACUUCCUGUAAAGGACAGAAUCGAAAUGCCUGUGGCAACCCAGAAAACGGACACAGGCCUGACUCAAGGACUCCUUAAAGUGUUGCACAAGCAGUAUAGCCAUAAGCAAUACGUGGAAUUGGAAGAUCUUGAGCAGAAGUGGAAAAACUUGUGCCUGCCACUAGAAAAAUUCGCCGCCAUCUUACAGUUGGACCCUUGCGAACACCAGAUCGAGUGGAUCAAGUUUUUAGCGCUCGGAUGCAGCAUGCUCGGCGGGUCGAUCAACUCCGCAAUGAAGCACCUCUGCGAGAUCCUCACCACCGAUCCCGAGGGCGGGCCUGCUCGAAUCCCGUUCGAGACUUUCUCCUACGUGUACCAGUACCUGGCCGGAUUAGACUCAGACAUCUCUCCUUCGGACACGGAAUCCUACCUUGCCAGUUUAGGGGAGAUUGUAGACUCUAGGAAGAAUGGCACCAUAGGACUUUCAGAUUUCUUCGUUACAAAGAGGAAAAUUUAGACUUUGGAAACUCUGAAGACAGGCCACGAAAACAGAGAAGAACACAUUUUAAUGUCAAAAUAGUGCUUUUUAAAACCUUGGCACCAAAUACAGCUUGUUAUUAAGCA